UCCUCCCUGUCCAGGUGUCGUGGUCAUCUUCAGGCUACAGAUGCACAUGCUAAAUGGGGCUCUUCUGGCAUUGCUUUUUCCUGUGGUGAACACUCGUCUGCUCCCCUUGGAGUUGGAAAUCUACUACAUUCAACACAUCAUGCUUUAUGUGGUGCCAGUCUAUCUGCUGUGGAAAGGAGGUGUCUACACUCCUGAGCCGCUCUCCAACUUUUGGUGGGCCCUCCUGGCGACUGGCCUAAUGUUCUUCUAUCAUUUUAGCAUUUUACAGUUCCUGGGCCUGGUGAGUGUGACUGUUGCCAUCUCCUUUACCCUCCACUGUUAUGCUCUCUCUGUAUUCUUUUGUUCAGAGCCUGAUGGCUAAGGCCAAUGGGUUGUGGGGGGGUAGAGGGGGGAAGG